UACUUGAAGUUUAAAGCCUCACCACAAGGAGAAAGAGGGAUAUUCGCAGGACCAGACCAGCAGCCGGGGCCACGUUUUCAGGGGCUCAAAUCCGACAAUUCGGUGACCCGUGCUGCUGGCUAGCUUCAGACUUUUUAUAAGAGCCCCAGAUUUUUAGCACGAGGAAGGAGUGAAGGACUAGAGGUGGAGUAGAGGCUGCGAAACGAAAAACAGAGGACCAAGCGUGGUGCAAGUGCAAAUCAUGAGCUCCCUGUACGAUCUCUCCUGCUUCGCCGCUGGCCUUGCUGGCAACGUCUUCGCCCUCGCCCUCUUCCUGUCGCCGGUGCCGACGUUCAAGAGGGUCCUCAAGGCCAAGUCGACGGAGCAGUUCGACGGGCUCCCCUACCUGCUGUCCCUGCUCAACUGCUGCAUCUGCCUCUGGUACGGCCUCCCAUGGGUCUCCGGCGGCGGCGGCAGGGCCCUCGUCGCCACCGUCAACGGCACCGGCGCGCUCUUCCAGCUCGCCUACAUCUCCCUCUUCAUCUUCUACGCCGACAGCAGGACCACUCGGCUGAGGAUCACGGGGCUUCUGGUGCUAGUGGUCUUCGCGUUCGCGCUCAUUGCGCACGCGAGCAUCGCCUUGUUCGACCAGCCGGUGCGGCAGCUGUUCGUUGGCAGCGUCAGCAUGGCGUCUCUGGUCUCCAUGUUUGCUUCCCCGCUGGCUGUCAUGGGUUUGGUGAUCCGCACCGAGUGCGUGGAGUUCAUGCCCUUCUACCUGUCCCUCUCUACGUUCCUGAUGAGCGCAUCCUUCGCAAUGUACGGUCUUCUGCUGCGUGAUUUCUUCAUAUAUUUCCCGAAUGGGCUUGGAGUUGUCCUGGGAGCAAUGCAGCUGGUGCUAUACGCGUACUAUAGCCGGAGAUGGAAAAACAGCGGCUCAUCUGCAGCAUUGCUUGCCUGAUCAUAACUGAGUUGAUCAGCCAAUUGUCUGUGUCGUGGUUUGUAUUCUGUCAUCCUGGAGUUUUGGGAGAGGGGCGAUUGAGACGAUGUUUUGGAACGGAUUAAUCAACUACGUCUAUGCGUUGUUUUGUCCUAGCGCCAAUGUGACGUAAACGUUGUGGGCUUGUGUCCCAUUGUUUCUCUUCAUAACAUAUCUAGCGAUAGCUGUUCUUCAAUAACAUUUUUUCUUGGAAGAAUGGUAUCUACAGUAUUCUUGGAAAAGGGGAGAAGAGUUUUAUGUUCCCUCCCUUUUUCAAGAUGGCCGUUAGUUAUUUUUAGCA